UUAAAGGUUAUGGAGGGUAAGAGGAGGUGCAUAGGGCUGCUAGGAAAAACGCUGGACAUAUUUAGGAGGAGGAAAAUGAAGGACAGGUAUUUAGUUUUGGAGAUGAAGUCAACCGUGCUUCUCUUGGUGCUGCUGCAGGCUCUGGGAUGCUCAGGAAUCCGGCUGUAUAACCCUGAGCUGAGGGACAUGGCAGACAGGGGGCUUGCAGCAGCUCUAGCAAGGGUCAACUCUGUGCACGCCGUCAGCUAUCUUUACCGGGUGACUCGAGGCUCCGUCAAAAAGGUGAUUCCCAUGGGCCUGAACACCGUAGACCUGCAGAUGGUGUUUGGCAUUAAAGAGACGCAGUGUGUGAAGGCUUUAAGAAACGACCCCCAGACAUGUGCCUUCAGACCUGGAUUCUUUGUGCUGACCUUCUCCUGCUCCAGCCGGGUUCGAGUGGCGGCCAACUCCACCCAGGUGGUGUCGCUCAGAUGUGGCCAAGACUCAUCCUCCAGCUCCAGCUCAGAGUCCAGUGAGGAGAUGUUCUCCAGAGGGAGACACCAGUUCAACAUCCCAUUUGCAAAUCGAGUCCCGGCUCCUUCUGCACAUUCUCCAACUCCUGCACCCGUCCCGUCUCAUCACUCCUUCCAGAGACAGACGGUGGACGUCCAGCCGCGAGGCGACACGUUCACCAAUUACCUGGUGUGAGAGUACAGAUCACUCUGGAGACAUUUAGGUGCUGAGCAGAAGAUAAACUUGAAGUAAAAACUGAAUUUGCGCAUCAAGACUUUUGUCCCUUUUUGUAGGAUUCAAUGGGGGAUUCAACUUAAGGAUUCCUGACUGUUGGAGAGUAUAGCUCGAUCCCUAUAGUUGAAAUUAUUCUAUUUGGCUGCUCAAAUCUGUAGUUUUGUGUUAGUGUAUUGCACGAUAAGACCACAAGAGGGAGUCUAAACACUGAACACUAAACACAUUUACAUCAAAGAGGCCCUGUUGUGAUUUUGGCGGUUUUCCCUGUCAUAUAGAUUUUUGUGUAUAUAAAUUGUCUGCUAAGGCAAAAUCAAUGUUCCCAAAGCACUUUCUGAACAUUAAAGCAUGUAAACAUGU